AUGGAACUUGAUGUAAAUGACACCAGGGGUGACAGUAGCAUCCUGGGCAGAGUUUCCCUUGGCCAGAUGUUGCAUGUUUCCUACAGGUUGUCUCCAAAGGGUUGUGGUGCUGCUGCUGAAACCCUGGAUUGUGCAGCUGCAGAACUUCGAGCUUACUUAAAAUCCAAAGGAGCAGAAAUCUCUGAAGAAAAUGCUGAAGGUGGACUUCAUGUGGACUUGGCACAGAUUAUUGAAGUUUGUGAUGUGUGCCUGAAGGAGGAUGACAAAGAUGUUGAGAGUGUGAUGAACAGUGUAGUCUCUUUGCUUCUUAUCCUGGAACCUGAGAAACAGGAAGCACUGAUUGAAAACCUGUGUGAGAAGUUAGUAAAAUUUCGGGAAGGAGAGCGCCCAUCUCUGAGACUGCAGCUACUGAGCAAUCUCUUCCAUGGUAUGGAUAAGAACACUCCUGUGAGAUACACAGUGUACUGCAGCCUUCUGAAAGUGGCCUCGUCAUGUGGUGCCAUCCAGUACAUUCCAACUGAGCUAGAUCAGGUCCGAAAAUGGAUCUCUGACUGGAAUCUCAGCACAGAGAAGAAGCACACUCUUCUGAGACUGCUGUAUGAUGUCCUAGUAGACUGCAAAAAAAGUGACACUGCAGCAAAAGUAAUGGUGGAACUACUGGGAAGUUACACAGAGGACAAUGCCUCCCAGGCUAGAGUUGAUGCUCACAGAUGUAUUGUACGAGCAUUGAAGGACCCAAAUACCUUUCUUUUUGAUCAUCUUCUUGCCUUAAAACCAGUCAAAUUUUUGGAAGGAGAACUUAUUCAUGAUCUCUUGACAAUUUUUGUAAGUGCUAAACUAGCAUCCUAUGUCAAGUUUUAUCAGAACAACAAAGACUUCAUUGACUCCCUUGGAUUGUUGCAUGAACACAAUAUGGCAAAAAUGAGGCUACUUACUUUCAUGGGAAUGGCUGUAGAGUGUAAAGAAAUAUCAUUUGAUACAAUGCAACAGGAACUUCAGAUUGGAGCUGAUGAUGUUGAAGCAUUUGUUAUUGAUGCUGUAAAGACAAAGAUGGUGUACUGCAAAAUAGAUCAGACACAGAGGAAAGUAGUUGUCAGUCACAGCACACAUCGGACUUUUGGAAAGCAGCAGUGGCAGCAAUUGUAUGACACUCUAAACACCUGGAAACAAAACUUGAAUCAAGUGAAAAACAGUCUCCUCAGUCUCUCAGACACCUAAAACAUUUUUUUUACCUAGUCAUGUCACUUGAGAUUAAAUUUAUUCAAAACUUUGACAACUGUUGUUUCCUAAUGUAUACAAUUGGUUUAAAGAAGACAAAUAUUCUAAAUUCCAACACAAGAAAAGCAAUAAAAGUAAUAAUGGGAAAU